UGCAAUUUUAAAGCAUUCAACAAAUGUAAUGUACACUAGGAAGGUCUUAUAUGUGUACCUUUGGCUUAGCCACAAGACGUUAGGUUUUCCCCACAACAAAAUGUCAUUAAAUCCCAAAACCUACAUUAGCGAUUUACGUAUAGCGGUAAUAUGCUCGAGUAACAUGAAUCGUAGCAUGGAGGCGCACGCCUUUCUUGCUAAAAAAGGUUUCUACGUUAAAUCGUACGGUACGGGAGAUAAAGUUAAGAUACCCGGCUCGGCGGUUGACAAACCGAACGUAUAUGAUUUCGGCGUUUCGUAUGACGAAAUUUACACGGAUUUGCUAGCGAAAGAUCAGGCUUUAUACACCCAAAAUGGUCUUUUACACACUUUAGAUAGGAAUAGAAGAAUAAAGACUCAUCCCGAACGAUUCCAAGAAUGCGGCGAUAAGUUCGAUAUACUAAUAACCUGCGAAGAAAGAGUCUAUGAUCAAGUUUUAGAAUACAUGGAGAACAAAGCUCCUUCGGAUAACUCGAUAGUACAUGUAAUCAACAUCGAUAUACAGGAUAAUCUCGAGGAAGCUACAAUUGGGGCCUUUUUGAUAAGUGAUAUGUGCAUAAUGAUGGCAAAGAGCGAAGAUCUCGACAAUGAUAUCGAUGAAGUUUUACACAGUUUCGAAGAGAAAUGCGAGCGGCCAAUUUUACACAGCAUUGCCUUUAAUUAGUCGACUUUAGUUUCCUAUUUAAUUUAAAUGAAAGCUAUAUUGUAUGAAAGGUUUGUAUUUCGUAAUUUAUAUACAUUUUAAAAUGGUACAAUUAAUAAAGUGGGAUUUUUAAUGUUUA